AUGUUGGCGGAAAGGCAGCCCAGCGUUGCGCGCGGCGCGGCACCAGAGGGCCAGCACGCGCUGGAGGCUCCCGAAGAGGAGGAGCCGCGGGCCACGGGGCGGGCGGCUCGCGAGGCGGCUGGCGCCGAGGGGAUCGUGGGUGCAGCGCCCCAGGGCCGCGCCCUGCUUCGGGGGGCCACGUCGCCGGUCGACGGCUUCGUGUACCUGCCGGCCUUCCUGGGCGCCGAGGAGGCGGCGCUGCUGCUGGAGGCCGCGGAGGCCGGCGCUGGCGCGGCGCUGGGCGACGCGCGGCCGAGCAGCGGCCGGCCGGUCGUGACGCACCCCGGCGUGCACCCCAUGGUUUCGAGGCGUGCCCGCCGCAGCCCCCUGUGGCGCGCGGACCCGCGCCGCCGCUCUCCGUGCUGGAGGCCUGCGCGGGGGCGCUCGCGCGGCUGCAGGGCGGUGGCCUCGUGCCCAGCGGGUACGCGUUCGACCAGGCCAUCGUGA